ACCAUAUGUCUUCGUAGUACAUUCGUAGUUUUUCUCCGAAUACUUGUUGUGUGUGGACGUUGUGCUAAUUGAAUAAAAUUGAUUUUUUCUCUAGGCAUUUUUGCUUCUAGAAAUGUGGCAAAUUAUUUACAGCGAAUAUUUAAAGAACAUGUUAACAUACUCCAUGCAUAUAUAGUGUAUAAAGUGUGUGUAUUUAAAACUCAAUGAAAAUGAAUAGCAUACGGGGUGAAGAACAGAUGGAAGAAAAGUUCGAUCAGGACGACUUCAGCCUUUUCGCCAAAUCCACUGUGGCAGACAACAAAGAAAACAAUGUUUGUGCAAUUGCACUUGUGGAGGUGGCAAAUAAGCACACAGACGUGGGGGAUGAUACGGGGGACGAAGGUCAACAACUUGACGAGGAUGAAACGAUUUUUCUUGAGCGUCGUUGCAAUAGUCAAUGUAGCGAAAGCAAUGCAGCUGUUGAGACACGCGUGGAGGCAAGCUUACCCUACACAGCCACCUCCACACUUUCACCAAGCUACACAGAAACAACCCCAUAUGCUGCACACCAAACGGCAACUUAUGAGUGUAUGGGUAGUCAACUAGAUGGGGAGGCAGUGGAGGAGGAAGAAGAAGCAGUAGCAGUGGUAACAGUCAAAAAUAGCAUAGGGAAAUCAACGCGACACGAUGACACACAGAAUAGCGAGCUGCAAUUGUACGCGGAAUGCAAGGAAGCGAAUGGCAUUUUCAAUGACGAGUCACUACUGACAGCGGAACAUUUCGAUCAGAUGUCACCACAUCCGCUUAGCGAGCGUUGGUCACCGUUAGGCGCGAAUUACGAUGAUGCAAUGAGUCCGACAUCGGAGCUGCUUAGUCCCGAAUCAGAAUUGGAACUAUUGAGUUCGGAUAGUCAGGAUAAGCAGGAAAUGUUGCGCGGUGAUAACAACGAUUUGGGGCGUCUAAGAAGCAUGGAAGAGGAACAGGAACUGUUAACCACUUCCUUAAUGGCAUUGACGUCACAUUUCGCACAUGUACAAUUGCGCGUGCGACAAAUUGUGGAGGCGCCGUCACAUGAGCGUGAUCAAUUACUCAAGGAUUUGGAGGAGUUUGCGUUUCGUGGUAUACCGGAACCCAUUGUACCUGCCGCAGUAGGUAACCCGCAUACCGACUCAAAUGACUCAAAUGAAACACAGCCAGACGAUGAAGCGGUGCGUCAACGUCAAUUCGAGCUAAUCGAACAUCUGAAAUCCCAAUUAAGUGAACUGGAGAAAUUGGCGUAUGAAUCGGGUGCGCCCGUCUUGCCACAACACAUAUUACUCGAGAAACAGAAGAUAAUCAUUGACGAGCUGAAGAAUAAACUGAAUUUGCAAGUGGACGAACGCGAUCUACCCGAGCUGAGUUCUGAAGAGCUGAAGAACCAUGUAGAUAACGCUAUUGGCGAGUUUGUUGGUCCACUGCGUAUGAAAGAACAAUUAGUGGCGCAGUUGAAGACACAAAUAACCGAUCUGGAACGUUUCAUCGCCUUUUUGCAAUGCGAUACAGUGGACUCGAAAAUGAAGACGCUCAACGGUAAUGAGAAAUUGUAUGAACCCUACAAUAGUUAUGCUGCCAAGAAGAAAGGUGAAAAGGUACGCAAGAAACAAAUGCCACCGCUGCAGGAGGCUGCUGAACAGGAUACUCUCAACACAAUGCAUCCGAAUACAAGUCGCAAUGCCGCACAACAAGGCAGUGGUGAGACUUUAAACAGUAAGGCGCACAGCUUGUUAGAUAAAGCUUCACUGUUGAUGCAAAUGUUCGCCACGACACAUUUCGGCGCCAAAGCAGAUCAGUUUCAGAAGAACGCGAUGAAGAAGACAUCGAAAGGCAAUCAUUGGGGAGACUUGCGCGCACAACUGGAGGUCGACAUACAGGAGGUGGCAUCUCUGGCAGCCACACUAAGUUUCGAUCGUGAGAAAUUGGCCAACAUGAAGCGAGCGCUGAAGAACACCAACCGCAAUGCCAAUACAACACUGGCGGUAAGCGCACAAAACGGCGCAAUAACGGUACCACCACGUGCGCGCACACUAACAGCAAAUGGCAAAGCGCUCAAAGCGUACAUCGUCUCAUCCGAUUCGGACGAGGACACAUACGAUUGCUAUGCCUGGGAACGUAACCAUUGCCGCCGGACGCACAAGCGUGGUGACUCCAUCAUAACGAUCAGCAAAGAGCUAACCACGGCGGUGCGCAAGAACUUCUGCAUGACACUGCUGCGGCUCAUACAGCAUGGAUUGCGCGUGGAAACGGAAUCGGCCACUUCCAGCCUCAUUGUACCGUUCAUGCGUUGCCUUAAUCCGUCCCCGGUGUUUGCCGCCGAACAGGGUUAUCGCGGCCGGGAUGCGUCGAGCACCACGUCCUCCUACGUUUCGUCGGCCUUCUCUUCCACCUACAAUGCCAAUUACACGGAAAACGAUUGCGAAGACGAAGCGAACACCGGCGGCUUCUUCGGCAGUGGCGGCAGUCGUGCCAUGCACGCGUGGGAACUCAUUUUGGAGUAUUACUAUCUAAAGAAUGGCGAUGAAUUCAAUAAUACGCCAGCGCGUAAGCUCUCACAGAGCUUCAAUUUGAAUAUUAUCGAUGCGCAAACGGUGACGGCGAAACAGAGUUUCCUCAGCGCAGUGGGCAUGAUCAUCGCCAUGCAUCGGCCGUAUAAACGCAGCUACAAUGCACACUUCAAGGCGUUCAUUUGUGCGGGUCUCAACUGCCAUCAGUUGGUUGAGUGGUUAAAUUUGAUAUUCAGCUGCAACGAUUUGGUGGACACAUACUACACACCCAACAGUUAUGUCGCACGCACUGGUUUUCGUGACUCGUUGCGCUCCAUCGACGCGCUGACCAAAUAUGAUUUCGAUUUGCCCGUAGAUUUGGCUAUACGACAUUUCAGAAACCUUUAAAAUUAACAACAAAUCCAUAUAUAUACCGUUAUGUGAACAAAGUAUGUGUGUAUGACAUCCAUUUGGCAAUUAUUUUCAUAUCCUAACAUUAAAUUACAAAAAAAAAAAAGAAAAAAUGUACUUAAAUAUUAUUGCAGUACUAAUCGAAUUUCUUCCAAAUUAGUAAGCGCAUUUAUUGAUGUGUUGCUCAAGUAUUCAUGAAGUUCGAAUAUUUGUGUAUGUCCGUGUGUAAUUUAUGGUUUGUUGAAUGUUGAAAUGUAACAAUGAAACUCUAGUCCAUUUUAUUCUAGUCUAAUGGCACUCUAAUCGUACAUUUAACUAUAUGUUAACUACUGUGUAUCUAACUAUUUGAUAACUAAAUAAUG